UCAUUGCCAAAGACCCUUGCGGUACGAGUGAUCCCUACGUUAAAUUUCGGAUCGGCAGCCGGCAGAUCUACCGCAGUCGGACGCUCACUAGAACGCUGGAACCUUUCUGGGAUGAGUCCUUCAGUGUUCCUCUCGAUGACAUCUCGCUGCCCUUGCACGUGAAAGUUUACGAUUAUGACUUCGGGCUGCAAGAUGACUUCAUGGGUGCUGCAGAAAUAGAGAUCGAUACGCUAGAGCUAGAUAAACCUACGGAUUUAUUGGUGAACCUAAGUGAGACGGGGAAGCAGGAAGAUGCGAACGCUGCACAGGACCUCGGGUAUUUAAUGCUCAUCCUCAGUCUGAGUCAGAAACCCUUCGAAGAACGAGCGCAUUAUUUCACGAAGAAUAGUAACCCUCUCAAGUUGGGAAGCUCUCAAGACUCCUCUGUGAUCGCUGGACCGGUGAAUCGGAAGCAGAAAAUACAGAUGUGGGACUCUGUCGUAAAUAUUGUUCUGGUCGAGGGUAAGAAUUUGUUGCCCAUGGACGAAAACGGACUCAGCGACCCUUUUGUGAAGUUCCGACUAGGCAACGAAAAGUAUAAGAGCAAGUUUUGCUUGAAAACAUUGAAUCCUCAAUGGCUAGAACAGUUCGAUUUGCACAUGUAUCAAGAUCAGCCAAAAGUUCUCGAUAUCGCGGUUUGGGACAAAGAUUUCGGAGGUCGUAAUGAUUUCAUGGGAAGAUGCAGUAUCGAUCUGAAGUCUCUAGAGCCUGAGACGACUCACCCAAUUUGGCAGGAAUUAGAAAAUGGCGCAGGUCGCAUAUUUCUUCUCAUUACGAUAUCAGGCACGCAGGGCUCAUCAUCAGUGUCGGAUCUGGCUACCUACGAGCCCUCGGCAGCGCAGAGAGAUGCCAUCGCUUCAAAAUACAAUUUCAAAAACAGUCUACAUAAUGUGAACGAUGUCGGAUUCCUCGUGGUCAAAGUUUUCAAAGCGAUGGGUCUAACAGCAGCGGACCUCGGAGGCAAGAGUGAUCCGUUCUGCGUGCUCGAGCUUGUCAACGCUCGACUCCAAACUCACACUGAGUACAAGACUCUCUGUCCCGAAUGGAAUAAGAUCUUCACGUUUAAAGUUCGGGACAUCCACUCGGUGUUGGAGCUGACCGUCUACGACGAGGAUCGCGACAAGAAAGUUGAAUUUCUCGGAAAAUUGGCAGUCCCUCUGAUAGGGAUUAAGAAUGGAGAGAAGAAAUGGUAUCAACUCAAGGAUCGUGAUUUGAAGAAACGCGCAAAGGGCCAGAUCCUGCUCGAAUUCGAAGUUGUCUACAACCCGAUCAAAGCGUGCAUCCAAACGUUCAAUCCCAAAGAGGUCAAAUAUAUGCAGUUGGAUCAAAAGUUUAGGCGGGUGAUAUUCAUGCGUAACGUCAACCGUGUCAAGAGUCUUGUGAUGCACAUCGUCGAGGCUGGAAGGUUUAUUAAUUCCUGCUUUCAGUGGGAAUCAGUACCACGUUCCAUCAUAGCCUUCGCGCUGUUCCUGAUCAUAACCUGGACUGCGGAACUGUACAUGUUCCCAUUGGCAUUGCUGCUCAUCUUUGCAAAAAAUUAUCUCCUCUUCCAGAUGACAGGGUCUACCGGCGAAGAAGAGCUUUAUGACUACCAAGACGAUGAUGAUGAUGAGGAACGAGACCGUCCGGAGGAGAAGAAGACGUUGAAAGAACGGCUCCAGGCGGUUCAAGAGAUAACUGCCAUGAUCCAAAAUGUUCUAGGUCAGGCGGCAUCUCUGGGCGAAAGAGUCAAGAACACCUUCAACUUUAGCGUAACUUUCCUCUCCUGGCUAGCUGUGAUCGCGCUCUGUGUGGCUUCAUUGCUCCUGUAUCUCGUGCCUCUGCGGUAUAUCAUACUCGCAUGGGGCAUAAACAAAUUCACCAAGAAGCUCCGAAACCCCGACGUGAUCCCGAAUAAUGAACUCCUGGAUUUCCUCUCUAGAGUCCCUGACAACGAGGAGCGGAUAAACAAUCGAGAAUUGAAACCGGUACAAACCGCUCAGGGCGAACCUGAGCGCAAACUGCGGAAACGAAAAUGAACCUGGACGGCUCCAAAUUGAGUCUGAGGUGGAUUCUAAGUGAUCGAGCUCUGCGCGCCGCUACCGCCGCAGUGUUCCCAAGAGUAUCUCUCAGUUCAUCCGCCGUCCGCGGACAGAUCUUGGCUUCUGGUUUCUGAGAAGGAACUCUCGAAUAUCAAAACCCGCAGCUCUGCAUGAAACCUCAGAAUCUCAAACGGAGGAUGUUCAGAGGAGGUUUUAGGAAUCGAGGCGAGAAAUUUCGUGUCUCACGUUUACACGCCAAG